AUGCGGAUGUGCAUUGAUUACCGCCAGUUGAACAAAGUCACCAUCAAAAACAAGUAUCCACUACCCCGUAUUGACGAUUUGUUUGACCAGCUGCAGGGUGCUAGGGUGUUCUCUAAGAUUGACUUGAGGUCAGGGUAUCAUCAACUGAAGAUUCGGGAUUCAGAUGUUCCGAAGACUGCAUUCAGGACUAGAUAUGGCCACUAUGAGUUUCUGGUGAUGUCAUUUGGCUUGACUAAUGCCCCGGCGGCAUUUAUGGAUCUGAUGAACAGGGUAUUCAGGCCUUAUAUUGAUUCCUUUGUCAUCGUCUUCAUUGACGACAUCUUGAUAUACUCGCGUAGCCUGGGAGAGCACGAGCAGCAUUUGAGAGUAGUGCUUCAGACCUUGCGAGAGCAACAGCUGUAUGCUAAGUUCUCCAAGUGUGAGUUU